CAGUCGUUUCGUGAGAGAGCUUUCACGGUGUUUCGGCGACCAAAUACAUUACGUGAUAUACGAUCUCCGUGAAAGGUACGAAGAGCGCUCCUGAAAAUUUAUUCUUGUAAAUCAAGCCAAUGGCGUCUUCUUCGGAUUCAUGGAUGAGAGAAUACAACGAGGCUUUAAAACUCGCUGAGGAUAUCAACGGCAUGAUGAUAUCUGAGAGGAGUAAAUCUGCUGUCACAGGGCCUGAUGCUCAGCGUCGUGCUUCAGCUAUACGUAGAAAGAUCACCAUUUUCGGAACACGGUUAGAUAGUCUGCAGUCUCUUCUUGCCAAAAUCCAUGGGAAGCCUAUUUCAGAGAAAGAGAUGAACAGGCGUAAGGAUAUGAUUGGGAACUUGAGAUCGCAGGCAAAUCAGAUGGCGAAUACUUUGAACAUGUCGAACUUUGCUAAUAGAGACAGCUUGCUUGGGUCAGAGAUAAAGCCAGAUGACACCAUGAGCAGAGUCAGUAGCAUGGAUAACCAAGGGAUUGUUGGGUUUCAACGACAAGUUAUGAGAGAACAAGAUGAAGGACUUGAGAAGUUGGAGGAAACAGUGAUGAGUACUAAACACAUUGCUCUAGCUGUCAAUGAGGAGCUUGGCUUGCAGACUAGGCUUAUCGAUGACUUAGACUACCAUGUGGAGGUUACUGACUCUCGCUUACGGAGAGUGCAGAAGAACCUUGCUGUCAUGAACAAGAAUAUGAGAAGCGGUUGUUCUUGUAUGUCAAUGCUCUUGUCAAUGCUUGGGAUCGUUGGUCUUGCUGUUGUAAUAUGGCUGCUAGUUAAGUAUUUGUAAUCUCAACAUUACAGAACGUAUAAGUUUCUCUCUUAGUUGACUUGCCACCUGUGUGAAUGGUAUCAGUAGGUGAUUCGACUUUUGUGCUUGUCCUUUUCGUUCCUCUUCUUUUGUGAGAACCCUUGAAAUAAUAUUAUAUCAUGUAGGCAGUUUUCACAACUGUUGUCUUCA